AUGGAUUCGAGACCUCUCCCACCAGGUUGGGUCAGUCAGUAUGAUCACAACUAUAAAAGAUAUUAUUUUGUUGAUACAACAAAGCAGCCUCCUGUAAGUACCUGGGAUGAUCCUCGAGAUGCUUCUCAGCCACAAUCGUCAACACAGAGUCAAGGUUUAUACCCUCCUCCUCAGAAUAAUCAAUAUAAUUCUCCAAGUUUUCCGCAACCACAACCUUAUCUAUCUCCACAAUCUUAUCCUCAACGACCACACUCUUAUCAUGGAGAAUCACAAUCAUCCCAAUCGGGUGCUCCUAAAAAGAAAAAGAAAAAUAUAUGGAAUAAACUAGGUUUUGGCAAGUUCGGUUCCUCCUCUUCUAAUAAUCCUAAUAAUCCUGGAAAUAUUGGUCCUGCCGCUAAUUAUGGAAAUAGCGGUAGUGGUAAGAAACAUAAUUUUUCUUCAAUGGCGUUAGGUGGCCUCGGAGGAGCC